GCUCAAAAUUCAGUCAGAGGCGAGUCGCCGACCCGAACGGGCGUAUGUGUCUACGCCAUUUUACCGCGAUCUAGCGUAUUCAAACACGAUCAACGAACGCGAUUUAUCAAAACUCGAAAAUAUUUCAGUUUCAACUUUGUUUUCAUUAAAUUAAUUCAAGUUCGCAUUUCCUUUAGUUUUUUUUUUGUGUUUUCGUGUUGUGUUUAAUUUUUAUGAAUGAUUUUUUUUUGUGCGCGAUGUAACAUAAUAUGGAUCAAGAUUAGUAAAUAGGAGUACUGAAGAUGAUAUUAUUGACAUUUUCGUUACCUUAGAUAGCUAAGAUGAUUUUGAAAAUGGGAGGGAAAUCGCCAACGGCGAAGGCGGAGAAACCGAAAGAGGAGAAGAAAGAAUCGAAGAAGAAGACAGAGAGAUGUGAUGACAGAUGUCCAGCAGAUCCGUGGACGUAUUGCGUUGUGUUAUGGUGUGCGUGCGCUAUGAGUCUAAUAUCUAGCGGAUACAACUUGUACAAGCAGCAAGGUUUGCAGGAUCGGUUGUCCUUGCUGGAGGAGCAGCAUUUAGCGUUGAGAAGUGCGGUGUUGGAGCCGCAGCAGCCACUCGUGGAAAGGUUGAGGAGAGAGGUGUUGUCGCGACCGCCGCCGGAGUACUGGAGAUCAAGGAGGAGCAUCAGGGAUUACGGAGAUUGUGGAUGUCCACCAGGUCCGCCGGGACCGCCCGGCAAGCGAGGCAAGAAGGGCAAGAAAGGAGACUCCGGAGAACCCGGACCACCGGGCUUAACCGGGGCGCCUGGCAAGAACGGAUUCCCGGGGAGCAAAGGCGAAAAAGGCGAGCGAGGUUUCAUGGGCCCCAUCGGGCUGGACGGGCCGAAAGGAGAUCCGGGUCGGCCAGGGGACAAGGGGCAGAAAGGCGAGCACGGCAGUCCAGGGUUCGAUGUCUUCUCAGCUGUCAAGGGAGUGAAAAGAUCGGUGGACAACUUUAAAAUGAGUCCGUACACGACGGCCGAGAUCAUAGCCGUGAAGGGAGAACCCGGUGAACCCGGUCCGCCAGGUCCAGCCGGCCCACAAGGGCCUGAGGGCCUACCUGGGCACGACGGCCGCACGGGGCCCCCGGGGCCAGCUGGGCCCGCGGGCGCUGCAGGGCCUAUGGGGCCCGCCGGACCUAUCGGGCCUAUUGGUCCUAUCGGCCCGGCAGGACAUAAGGGUGACAAAGGCGACAAAGGCGAGCGCGGAUUUACGACGACUCUGAAGGGCGACGCGUUCCCGACCGGCAUCAUCGAGGGCCCGCCGGGCCCGCCCGGGCCUCCCGGUAAAUCUGGCGAAGCAGGUCCGCAAGGUCCGCCCGGGCUCGACGGGGCUCCAGGCACUCCAGGUGUACAGGGCCCACCUGGAAAACCGGGCGAAUUGGGUCCAAAGGGUUCGAAAGGAGAAUACGGAGACAUGGGGUCACCAGGUAUGCUAGGCGCGCCGGGGCUGCCGGGUCCUCCGGGCUACCCGGGGCUCAAGGGCGAGAAGGGGGAUAAGGGGGACUCGAAGUACAGGAAGCUGAGAAGACGACAGAAUUUGCAGGGAGACGGCACUGGGUACGAGCUGUAUGGCCAUGAAAUUAUGAUGGGCCCCCCGGGCGCCCCGGGCCCAGCGGGCCCUCCGGGCGUGGCGGGCCCGCCCGGCAUCAAGGGCGACAAGGGCGAACCUGGCAUUCGCGGAAAAGCGGGUGAGAGAGGAGAGAAGGGAGACGCAGGACCUAUGGGGCUGCCGGGUCCUGUUGGCCUGCCGGGCGAGCAAGGCCGGCCGGGCGAAAUCGGAUCGCGGUGCCGCAUGCAGCCGAGCCGCCACAUCGCACCCACUGAGCGCGCUGCAUGUCGCCGUCCGCGAGGCGCGGUGUGGCGCCCGGCUAACGUGUGCGUUGUUCCGCAGGGCCCGCCCGGACUCGACGGCAUGAAGGGCGCGCAAGGCGAGCCUGGCUCGAAGGGCGAGCGCGGGGACCCCGGACUGCCCGGAACCGAUGGCAUACCCGGACAAGAAGGUCCUAAGGGCGACAAGGGAUACAAAGGAGAGCCCGGCCCAGUCGGCAAGCGCGGUCGCAAGGGAGACAAAGGUGACAAGGGGGAGCAGGGGGUGCCGGGGCUGGACGCGCCGUGCCCGCUCGGGCCCGACGGCCUGCCGCUGCCCGGCUGCGGCUGGAGGCCCAACAAGGACCUCGGGGCGGUGUCUGCGCGCGAGUCGGUGGUAGGGGUGGACAUGGAGGAGGAGGAGGAGGAGGAGCCGGAGGGGGAGGGGGAGGCGGGGGAAGAGUAUGACCGCGACGACGAAUUGGAGCCGCCGCGCGACUACGACGACUACAACGACAACGCGCACCACUCGCGGCACCACGACUGAACCCACUAACCACUCGCGCUAUAAACUAUACUACAUUACUUCUAUCGGAUCAAUGUUCAAUCUUUUGGUUAGGAACAUUCUCUGGGUUGUCAUUGUCAGCCAAAUUACUUUGUACAAAUGUCUGAAUUACUUAAUAGCUUAAAAAUAAAAUUAAAAGAGCUGCACACUAACUCUUGACUUUUAGAACGUGAAAUCGGGCACCCGAGGUUAUUUGGCACUACUAUUACGAUUAGGUUAUUUGCAUGACUCUUGUCUCAUAUUUCUUUUUGAUAUUCUCUAUGACUUUAUAAUAACUUCAUGUUGGAUGUGGUGGUGGUGUAACAUUACUCCUAAUACUAAUUAAGGAGGCGGUGAUGGAGUGGGUGCGCCGGAGACUGGACGUGGACAACGAUCUGCCCGUGUGAGGCUCUGCGCGCCUCGUUCACCGACUCCAUGCUGCGUGGAAUGUGCGCCCAAUUGUUUAUUUUCAAAUCAUUACUAGAUCUACUGGUAUUAGAUUGUUUAAAUAUUUGAUAUAGAAUAUGCUUAAAAUUAUAUCUAUGUUACGGACCGAGUGAUUUAUUAGAUGAGCAGCUUGAAUAAUGCCCUAAAGGAAUUAUGUUCGUUAUCUAUUUCGGCUGACAGAACAAUUAAAAUAGGUAUCACUACUACUAACUACAAAAGUUCGUGGACAGAAACAAAUUGCUGUAAACCUGGUCCGUAACAUUUAUACCAAACUUCUAAUUGGUACCCACCUGUAUUUUUAAAUUUAUUAAAUGUAAUCAUGAACUGCUAAUUAUUUGCUCUCUGACCUAUUAGAUGACGAUUCUUUUAUGUUAAUGUACUUUUGAAUCUACUAAUAAAAAAGACCUCUCAUUCGAAUAGUAUAGGAAUUAGGUACUAAAAGACUGUAUUAUAUUCCGAAAGAAGCAUUUUUUUUAAAUAACGCGUAAUAUUUGCCCGUAAACUAGUAAAAUUUGUAAUGUCCGAUUGAAUUUAUGUGCUUUAUAAUUUUUUAAACAUUUCUUGCAUUGACUAUAUUUUCAUAUUUUUAGGUUAAUUUUAAUUUGGAUAAUAAUAUACUAAUGGUAAAGUAUGUGAAAAAUUAUACAAAAUGCUUUACAUAUAACGUAUAUAAUGUAGGACUCAUGCAACUAGGAUAACAUUACCAAGGUUACAGGGAAGUUUAGCUAAUGAAUCCAAUCGUUCUCUUGUAUAUAAUGUGCUCAUGUGUUAACAAUGUACUAAGUAUCAGUACAAUGCUAAAUGUAGAGAAAACACAUCUUACCAUAUCAAUUGUAAUCAAAAGUCCACAAUAUCGUAGGUAUCGUAGCCGCCGAGCUUGUCCGGGAGAGUUGGACUACUGUGUAGUCAUUGUAAAUAUAUUGUAAAAUAGCAGUAGGACCCAACUCGAUGUUUUACUGAAUUAUUGAUUUUUAUAAGUUAUUUAUGGUAACGUUAAGUUAUUUGUGUUAACUACCAUGUUUGACGUAUAUUAUAAUAUAACAAAUCUAUUUUAAGCCAAAGUAUUGCAAAGUUAUACAUCCUUUUAAUGAAAAAAUGAUUACGACUGUAAAUAUUGUAUACAAUAUGUUAGCAGCGAGAUAUAAUCACACAAUGUAUGUUACCCGCCAGCGUGCAGUUGGUGUACAUGCUGUCUUGACAAGCUCGCCGCGUUGGAGCUCCCAUUGUCUGCUUUGGAUGAUAUGUAUUACGUAGCAACAUGUAGAUUUAUACGACAUAGAUUUUGUACUUCAACUGUAAAUAAAAUUAAAAUAUUGUUAAUUUUUCA